AUGGCCACAGUUCCAGAGGCAACAGCCUUCAAGUUCCACAAAGACAUCAUAGAUCUUCGGGUUCUUUUCUACAGCGACCCCAGCGACCUACUGCGACUCAAAGAAGCCGUCUCCCGAGCAUGUUUCUGGCUGGCCAGAGAACCCUUACCCCACGGCAUCAAUUCCACCAGCAUGCUCAUUUCGGCCAAGCUACGAGACUUGCAGCAUCAAGCGGACCUUCUGCGAAAAGUCCCGGGCGGUUCUGAUAUGGAUUUGGUGCUUCGGUCCGCAUAUUCGAUGGCCUUUGUACGGUUCGUCAAUGGCUUCCUAGACCCGUUCCAGCAGGGAACUUUCGCCACCGCGUUGGUUGAGAUUGCAAAGAAAAUCCAGCUCCCGUAUGCAUUUGUAGAGCUCCGGCAUUCGGCCACCCACAAUCAGCUUCCGACGCUCGAUUUGUUGAGAGACAUGACUGAGCAGGCACUCCUGUGGCUAUGGGACCACUACUGGGCCAAAAUCGAGCAAGGCACAAGUUUGGAGCGGAGCAUUGAGUCCACGCCCGUGCGCGAAAAUCCCGAGCUCUCUAGUCGUAGAAUUUAUGAGAUGUUGAAGGAGUACCGCACACAACACAAGAAGAUCGUAGGCGCGGAUGGGGCGAAGAUCCAGGAGGUUCGGCAGCUUCGGAAAAUUGUGAAAAAUCCAGUCAAUGCAUCGAAGUUGGCGGCGUUGUUGGUCAAGCACUGGGAAAAGUUCGGCGCGUUUAGGUCUGCCUUUGAACUAUACAAGCCGUUGAUUCAGUCGCUUCCUUCUCCUUUCCUAUAUCAAAUAGUCGUAAUUCUCAUUGCCUCUGAGGCAGAGGCAACUGCAGGAUGCAAGUUUGAAGGUCUUGUCGAGUGGGUUGCUUUUCUUUUGCAGACGCUACGGAAGGGAGAGUUUCCUUUCCGCUACUGCUACCUUUUUGAGGAUCCUUCUGAUGUUGAUAAGGCGUUUGAGUCUCAGCUUCGCCUCCUACCUGCUUCGCAUGCCCUUCGCAAGUUGCAAGACGGCUCGAAUGGUCGUAAAGUGUUUUCGAAGCCAGCCCUGUUGGACGAGAUUCUCCAAGAAGCAACCCCGCCCGCAAAAGAGCCUAAGGAUGAAGAGAUUCGGCAGAAGAAAAGGAAAAACACGACCUCCGUGUUGGAAACUUUCGAGUAUUGGAGUCCAGUUCCAUUUGGAGUAGUUCCAAAGUAG